AGGGGCUGCUGCAGAGCUUGGUGGCGCAGGGGAGACGGCUCCUGCCCCGGCACCAUGGGCUGGAUCCUGCAGACCCUCUGCUUGCUGCUGCUCAUCUCCUCCUGCCCCUGCGCCGUUAUCACCGGGGCCUGCGAGCGGGACCUGCAGUGCGGCAGCGGGACCUGCUGCGCCGUCAGCCUGUGGCUGCGGGGGCUGCGGAUGUGCACCCCCCUGGGGCAGGAGGGGGACGAGUGCCACCCCUUCAGUCACAAGGUCCCUUUCUUCGGGAAGCGCCAGCACCACACCUGCCCCUGUUCACCCAACCUCAUCUGCUCCAGGUUCCUCGACAGCCGCUACCGCUGCUCCGUCAACUUCAAGAACAUUGAUUUUUAGGGUGAUGCUUCUUGUUCUCCAUCCGUGAGCCCCCAGCACCCAUUUCUUGCCCUCUUCCAUCACCAUUGGGUGCCCACAUAGUGCCAGGCAACCUUAAAAGUGCUUUUCCAAGGUAGAAAGUGUUGUUAUAAACUGUAUGUUAUAUAGGGAAACUGAGGCACGGUCAGGCCAAACUGAUGUGGCAUGUGGCUCUGCCCCAGCCUUUAGCAGAUUCUGACUCCAGCAUCCUCUGGAUGGAAGGACAGUGUGUGUGUGCCAAAUGUCUGUGGCCCCAGAAAUCCCUUUCGUAAGGGAUUUGCAACUCCUACUGGAUAAAUAAUUCCUGUAAUGAUAAUUUCCAUUGUGAUAUUGCCCGACCGUGUCUUAUCCGUGUGUUUCUUCCCUGGAAGCAGCUCUUCAAGGUGGUGAUGAAUGGUCUAACAUAGCCUGCAAUUAAAAGGAGCCACACUCAAGUAGCUGUGGGGAAUUAAGGACUGGGUUUUCCCAACGUUCCAGCAAUGCAGUGUGUUUGGCAGAGGCCGAGGCAGGGUGCCAGGUGGGGGUCUUUGGGGUCUUUUGGCCUCAGCACCUGCCUGUGGCUCAGACACCGUAUGAGGACUGGAGGCUUCUCUAUGUCAGCUGAACUUGAGAAGGGAAUGGGCUACUCAGGUUACCUUCCUAAUAAAAGUGAUCCCAGACACGUGCUUUCAGUUUCCCCCUGAAAUAGAUACUGUGAAAAACUUGUGUAUCAUCACUUGCGCUUCCCUCCUGCUUCUUAGAGCAACCCCUGGCAAGAAAAAACACAAAGAAAUAAAUAAGAAUUAUCAGCAUUUACAGCUGAUUCCCAAAAAAAUCCCGCAAAACAUCCCAAUCAGUUUCCUUUUAAGCAAUGCUUGAACACAAAACUUCUUCUGGGGCUUUGAAUAUGUUCAAUGCUAGCUCUGGAAAGCCCUUGGGGUUUGG